AUGUGUCGGCAAGCUGCCUCACUCUUCUUGUAUCAUGCUCCAUGGGCACAUACCAUCUGAGGUCUCCCCCCUUCUCCCUAUAUCUGAGGUCUUGUCCUGUCUCAGAUCCGAGUGUUUCUUGUUCUCCUUAGACAGCAGACAACCCUCACACCACGACCCCUCCCCCCUUUUACACAGCCCCUAGCUGUCUACUUGCCAUUGUCACCAGAGCUAGCUGCCUCGAGUAGACAAGACAAGCUUUAGCCAUGGAAGCUGCCAAGAAGACCGCGGGAGGCAACAAUGCUUACCACAACUUCCACAACGACUUCCUCCACGUCAAGGACGUCAAUGAGCGGAGAAGACUCGCCCUCGCAGAGAUCGACAGAGCCCCGUUCGGCUGGUACCAUGUCAGGGCCAUCCUCGUGGCUGGCAUCGGCUUCUUCACGGACUCGUACGACAUCUUUGCCGUCUCGCUGCUGACGACCAUGCUCGGCGUCGUCUACUAUCCCGGCGUCGGCCACAUGCCCCUGUCGUCUGACACGGCCAUAAAGCUCGCCACCUCGGCGGGAACCAUUGUCGGCCAGCUCGGCUUCGGCGCCCUCGCUGACGUUGUCGGCCGCAAGCGCAUGUACGGGCUGGAGCUGCUCCUGAUCAUCUUUGCGACCUUUGCCCAGUCCCUCGCGUCUUCGUCGCCGUCUAUGAACAUUAUCGGCGUCGUCAUCUUCUGGCGGGUGCUCAUGGGCGUGGGCAUCGGAGGAGACUAUCCCCUUUCUUCCAUCAUAACAGCAGAGUUCGCCACGACCAAGUGGCGCGGCGCCAUGAUGGGAGCUGUGUUCGCCAUGCAAGGAUUCGGCCAGCUAGGCUGCGCCUUCGUCAUGCUCUUCCUGACCCUCGGCUUCAAGGAGUCUCUGAAAAUGUCAAGCAGCCUGGCGACGUGCACCGAUGGUUGCGCCGAGUCGGUCGACAAGAUGUGGCGGAUGCUAAUCGGGUUCGGCGCCGUGCCCGGCUGCAUCGCCCUCUACUACCGGCUGACCAUACCCGAGACGCCGCGGUACACGUUCGACGUGGCCCGGGACGUCGAGCAGGCACAGGGCGACGUCGAGGCCUACUUGAAGGGAGAAGGCAAGGCCGAGGGCAGCAGCAGCCCCGACGAGAUCACGCGCAUCACCACGCAGAGGCAGGCGGCCGAGAAGCUCGAGGUGAACAAGGCCAGCUGGGGCGACUUCUGCCGCCACUACGCCAAGCCCAAGAACGCCAUGCUGCUCGCCGGCACCGCGCUCUCGUGGUGCUUCCUCGACAUCGCCUACUACGGCAUCUCGCUCAACAACGCCACUAUCCUGAGCGUCAUCGGCUACUCGACGGCCGGUGCCACGAGCACGUACCAGAUCCUCUACAACACGGCCGUCGGCAACAUGAUCAUCGUGCUGGCCGGCGCCGUGCCGGGCUACUGGGUGACCGUGUUCACCGUCGACACGGUCGGGCGCAAACCCAUCCAGUUUAUGGGGUUCGCAGUGCUAGCUAUCCUGUUCAUCGUCAUGGGCUUCGCGUACCACCAGCUCGCGCCCAACGCGCUGCUGGCCAUCUUCGUGCUGGCGCAGUUCUUCUUCAACUUCGGCCCCAACAGCACGACCUUCAUCGUGCCGGGCGAGUGCUUUCCCACGCGGUACCGGUCGACGAGCCACGGCAUCUCGGCCGCCGCCGGCAAGCUCGGCUCCGUCAUCGGCCAGGGCGCCAUCGCGCCGCUGCGCACCCGCGGCGCCGUCCCGGGAGGCGACCCCAACCCUUGGAUGAACCACGUGCUGCAGAUCUACGCCCUCUUCAUGCUGCUCGGCCUCGGCUCCACUGCCCUCAUCAAGGAGACCAAGCGCAAGACCCUCGAGGAGCUCGCCGGCGAGGAGCCGCACGCCGCAGCCGCGUCCCCCCCCACCGGUAGCAGCGACAGCAACAGCAGCGUGAGGCCAGAUAAGACGACGCGCCAUGUCACAGUAGCUUAGCUUAGGUUGCGAGGGUUAGAGGAUGGACAAGAUGGCGAUGAUGAUACCCCUGAAAAUUAAUUUUACUUAUAUAUUUCAUUUUCUUUUGUUUGACAUGGAUAGAGUUUUGGAGAUAUGACAGAAAGCUCAGAGGAGCUUGACUCCUUUUCGCAAGUAGAUUUACUGCUAUGGACAGGUAGAUAGAUUGAUGAAAUAGAUGGAUAGAUGGGUCUGGGAGAUGGAGGGGGGGGGGUUACUAAAAAAAAAAAAAAAAAAAGAAUGGGCUGGUUGCCUCUCCCUGGUGGUGCUUACGAUG